GGAUGGAACAUACAGAGAAAAUGUUGGAUAUUGAAUCCCGUUUAAUUUAUAAAUGCAAAGAUUUGAAGAGAAUUGCUUUAGUAACUAGUGGAAGGUAUGUAGUGAAAAGUGGACAAUUAAUUCAGUUGGCUGAAAAAAGAAAUGGGGAAUCUAAAACAAAAUUGGCUUUGGCUGCUAGAAGUGGUGGAAUGAAGGUAAACAAUAAAUUAAUUAAUUAA